GCGGAUUCGUGCUAUAGACCGUUUUGCCGACUGGGAGAAUCAUUGGAGACUUGUGUAUUUUCGCAAUAAUAGACAAGACUUCAGCAUAGAGAGCUCUCUUGCGCAUCCUUUCAGCACGAGCUUAAGCUUUUCCUUUUCAUAUGCAGACAAAUCACUGCUUGCACCUUUAGAAAAGAUUCUGAAGGAUUUUACUAAUUGUCUAAGGAUCUAAAAUUGUCACUGUUGUGAAUACUUUUGAGCAGUAGAUCUUGCGGUGAUCUAAUAGAAAAGAAAAAAAAACAACCAUUAAAUUGUAAUCUUUGAUCAUUACAUACUUUUAAGUGCGCGCACACGGAGAAAACGAGCGAAGCGCACAAUUGAGGUUUGGGAAGCAGUUUUGCUGGACCUGGUUUGUUUUGAUCUGGUUGUCGGUCAUCGAAAUACAAUGUUGAAAUCUUAAGGCAUGAUGUCCAAGUCACUGAGAUACCCAUAAACCUGCUUGCGCUGUAACCGCCACCUGGAAACUCAGCCUGCGAGCUCCCACUGAUCUUGUUCAAUACCAUCAUUUGGACUGCUUUUGCAACCGAAAUGAUCAUGCGAUGAGUAAGCUCGAUUUGGGCAUAUUGUCAGACGCAAUUAAAGGGGGUGAAUGAUGGCUGAAGAUGGAGGAAAUAUCUCCGAGGACCAUCAGUUGAGGGAAGCAGAGGGUAGCUCCUCUCUUCCAAGGACUUUUAUACGACUUAACGACCUGUCCGGUGGCGGGGAGCGCAGUGAGCUUGAGUCUGAUGGAGGCGAAAGGCGGGAGAGCGCAGUCGGAGCAGCGGCGGAGGAGGCGUCAGCUUGCGGCGGGGAACCCUUGCCCUAUCCGUCUUUGGCACCGGUUGUGUUUUUCUAUCUGAAGCAGACCACGCGCCCAAGGAGUUGGUGUCUGAAAAUGGUUUGCAAUCCAUGGUUCGAGAGGGCCAGCAUGUUGGUAAUCCUGCUGAACUGCGUUACUCUGGGAAUGUUUCACCCUUGUGAGGACAGCCACUGUGACUCAGAGCGAUGCAAGAUACUGGAGGACUUUGAUGAUUUCAUCUUUGCUUUUUUUGCCAUGGAGAUGGUAAUCAAGAUGGUUGCACUGGGCAUCUUUGGGAAAAAAUGUUACCUUGGAGACACCUGGAAUCGGCUAGACUUCUUCAUUGUGUUGGCUGGGAUGCUGGAAUACUCUCUCAAUCUGCAGAAUGUUAGUUUCUCUGCGGUCCGAACAGUCAGAGUACUUCGACCUCUUCGGGCUAUCAACCGAGUGCCCAGUAUGAGGAUCCUGGUGACACUUCUGUUGGACACUCUUCCCAUGCUGGGCAAUGUGCUGCUGCUUUGCUUCUUUGUUUUCUUCAUUUUUGGGAUCGUAGGGGUCCAGUUGUGGGCCGGGCUUCUCCGCAACCGCUGCUUCCUCCCGGAAAACUUCUCCCUGCCUACCAGUCUAGACCUGCACAACUACUACCACACUGAAAAUGAUGAUGAAAACCCGUUUAUCUGUUCUCAACCACGGGAGAAUGGCAUGCGCCUGUGCAGCUCCAUCCCCACGCUUCACGAGGAGGGCCGGCAGUGCCAGCUGGACAUGGCAGCUUACAAUAGCACAGACAACACCACCUGCGUCAACUGGAACAAGUAUUACACCAACUGCUCUGCCGGAGAGGCCAAUCCCUUCAAGGGGGCUAUAAACUUUGACAACAUUGGUUAUGCCUGGAUUGCCAUCUUUCAGGUUAUUACUCUGGAGGGCUGGGUGGACAUCAUGUACUUUGUUAUGGAUGCUCACUCCUUCUACAAUUUCAUCUACUUCAUCCUCCUGAUAAUAGUGGGCUCAUUCUUCAUGAUCAACCUUUGUCUAGUUGUCAUAGCGACACAGUUCUCUGAGACCAAGCAACGAGAAAGCCAGCUUAUGAAGGAGCAGAGAGUGCGCUUCAGGUCCAAUGCCAGCACGCUGAAUAGCUUCUCUGAGCCGGGGAGCUGCUAUGACGAGCUUCUCAAGUACCUAGUCCACAUCAUCCGCAAAGGCACCAGGCAAAUCUGCCACCUCAUCCGAGCCGCCGGUCGUCGGGCAGGCCUGCGGAUCUGUGCUUCUCCACCACUGGAACCACCGCCCACGAAAAGACGGCGUCAGAAGCAGCGCCAGGGAUCCAUCCGUCACAUCAUGCACCAUCAGCACCUCCAACACCAUCAAUACCAUCUGGGCAAUGGGAGUCUCCGAACUGAUGGCAGCAGAGAGGUGGACAACGGUUCCCAGAGUGGAAAUGUCAACAACUCUGGGCAUCUCAUGCUACCUGUCAUUGUCCCUCGUCAGGACCCCUUUUGUGGGUCUCUGGGCCACAGUGGUGCAGAAUCUGUGCAUAGUGUUUAUCAGUCUGUGGGCCACCUUGAGCCGCUGCAAUGCGGCCCCUCUCCUUCUCCCACGGUUCUCCUCGCAUAUAAGAGGAACUCAGUACCAUUUGCGGCUCCAGUACAUAAGAACUACCCCACCUUACAGCCUUCUCUGGCUUUAGAGCAGCUCAGACAGAGAAUCCUGGAACCAGGAGGUGGCAGUUGCACUGCUAGUGUCCUUACCAACCUAAAUAUCCCACCUACUCCCAUCAACACCUCACAGUGCCUGGUGGAGACACAAGGUCCUCCUGGCAAGAUCAUCUGUAAGGAUGCACUCAUGAACUGCAGUGGCACAAACUUAGACACUGCUUUGACCUUUGACCCUGAGACGUGUCCGUACUGUGCCAAAUCCAUGGCCAAUGACUCUGAAGGAGUGGAUGGGAAUGAGAUGGCAGACUCUGACAGUGAAGGUGUAUAUGAGUUCACACAGGAUGCCCAUUAUCGGGACAGCAGAGAUUCCAACAGGAAGAAGAAGAAGUUUGCAUUAGGAGCUCGGGCAGCAAAGGUGGUCCAUUUCUGGAGGCUGGUGUGCGACACUUUCCGUAAGAUUGUGGACAGCAAGUACUUUGGACGAGGAAUAAUGAUUGCCAUUCUCAUUAACACACUCAGCAUGGGCAUCGAGUACCAUGAGCAGCCUGAUGAGUUGACAAACGCUCUGGAAAUCAGUAAUAUUGUUUUCACCAGUUUGUUUGCACUGGAGAUGCUCCUGAAACUGCUGGUUUAUGGUCCUUUCGGCUACAUCAAGAACCCUUACAACAUCUUUGACGGCAUUAUUGUGGUAAUCAGCGUCUGGGAGAUUGUUGGUCAGCAGGGAGGAGGUUUAUCGGUGCUGAGGACCUUCAGGCUCAUGCGGGUGUUGAAGCUGGUCCGCUUCAUGCCAGCCCUGCAGAGGCAGCUGGUGGUCCUGAUGAAGACCAUGGACAAUGUUGCCACCUUCUGCAUGCUGCUUAUGCUUUUCAUAUUCAUUUUCAGUAUUCUAGGCAUGCACCUGUUUGGAUGUAAAUUCGGCUCUGAGAGAGAUGGAGACACACUUCCUGACCGCAAGAACUUUGACUCGUUGCUGUGGGCCAUUGUUACAGUUUUUCAGAUCUUGACUCAGGAGGACUGGAAUAAGGUACUGUAUAAUGGGAUGGCCUCCACCUCUCCUGUGGCUGCUCUGUACUUCAUCGCUCUCAUGACUUUUGGAAACUAUGUCCUGUUCAACCUGUUGGUGGCUAUCUUAGUGGAAGGAUUCCAAACUGAGGAAGUAACCAAGAGGGAAGAUUUGCAUGGCCAGCUGAGCUGUAUUCAGCUGCCUAUAGACUCAGGGGGUGAUGCCUCGAAGUCGGAUUCUGAAGUGGAUUUCUAUGCACGGAGCUUGGAGGAUGUUUCAGGACGUAAGAAGGAUCUAUCUACAUCAUCUGUUUUGCCCAUCAAUGGCCAUGUGGAUUUGAAGAGCAGCCUGACCCCUCCCCUCAUCACUCACACGGCUGCAACACCCAUGCCCAUCCCUAAGAUAUCAGGAGGAGGAGAUCCGGCACUAGACUACGAGUCACGCAGAGGCAGCAAUGUCUCCAUGGAUCCUAAUAAUGGCCAAGACAAAUCUCCUUCGAGUGCACGGAGCUCCCCAAAUGCCCCCUGGAGUUCAGCCAGUAGCUGGAACAGCAGGCGCUCCAGCUGGAAUAGCCUGGGCCGAGCCCCCAGCCUCAAGAGGCAGAAACGCCAGUCUGGCGAACGCCGCUCCUUACUUUCCGGCGAUGGCCAGUCCAGCUCCGAUGAGGGAGAUGUGGGAGAGAGUGGGGGCGGAGGUGGCUUGUCUGAGGGCGAUGAUGCCUCCCUCGCCAGGACAGACUCCUUGGGCCAGAGGCCUCGGCACAGGCGCAUGGAGUCCCUGGAGACACGUAGCUCGUUUGAUCUGCCUCCAGACACCCUGCAGGUACCAUACAUGCAUCGUUCCGCCAGCAUACACAGCGCCCGGCCGCCCAACUUCCUCAGCAACGGCAAGAGUUCUCCAUCUGCAGCCACCACGCAGCUUUCUCUAGAUGAACACCACAGUGAGGAUGACAAUGCAGAUGAUGAAGGAAACCUGAGUCGGAAGGCUCGUCUGUACCGCUGGCUGGAGCACAAGCAGCCCCAGUGGUGUCGGGAGAGGGUCACCUGGUCUCUUUAUCUGUUCCCCCCACAAUCACGGUUUCGUGUGACCUGCAAUAAAAUCAUCAGUCACAAGAUGUUUGACCAUGUGGUUCUUGUCAUCAUCUUUCUCAACUGCAUCACUAUUGCCAUGGAGAGGCCCAGAAUCGACCCCUCCAGCGCUGAACGCAUCUUCCUGACGUUGUCCAACUACAUAUUUACUGCCAUCUUUGUGACCGAAAUGACAAUAAAGGUGGUUGCUUUGGGCUGGUGUUUGGGGAAGAAUACCUACCUGAAGAGCAGCUGGAACAUUCUGGAUGGCAUGCUGGUGAUGAUCUCGGUGAUUGACAUCCUGGUAUCCCUGAUCUCCAACAGCGGCACCAAGAUCCUGGGAAUGCUUCGGGUGCUACGUUUACUGAGGACCCUGCGGCCGCUCAGAGUGAUCAGCAGAGCUCCAGGACUGAAGCUGGUUGUUGAGACACUGAUGUCAUCCCUCAAGCCUAUCGGGAACAUUGUCGUCAUCUGCUGUGCCUUUUUCAUUAUUUUUGGCAUCUUGGGAGUUCAGCUCUUCAAAGGAAAGUUCUUUGUGUGUCAUGGGGAGGAUACUAAGAACAUCACCAACAAGUCUGAUUGCCUCCAGGCUAACUACAAAUGGGUCAGGCACAAGUACAACUUUGAUAACCUUGGGCAGGCCCUUAUGUCCCUUUUUGUUCUGGCUUCCAAAGACGGUUGGGUGGACAUAAUGUACGACGGACUGGAUGCUGUUGGUGUCGAUCAGCAGCCCAUCAUGAAUUACAACCCAUGGAUGCUGCUCUAUUUCAUCUCCUUCUUGCUGAUCGUGGCUUUCUUCGUGCUCAACAUGUUCGUCGGUGUGGUGGUCGAAAACUUUCACAAGUGCCGGCGGCACCAGGAAGCCGAAGAAGCCAAACGGCGUGAGGAGAAGCGCCUUAAACGCAUGGAGAAAAAAAGAAGGAAUAUAAUGCUGACCGGUGUCAGUUGGUCCAGUCCCGAUCACACACAAGAAGCCCAGAGUAAACCCUAUUACUCCGAUUACUCACCUACACGGCUUCUCAUCCACAAGAUAUGCACCAGCCACUAUCUGGACCUGUUCAUCACAAUUGUCAUCGGGCUCAAUGUUAUCACCAUGUCCAUGGAGCACUAUCAUCAACCUAAGGUUCUGGAUGAGGCUCUGAAGAUCUGUAACUACAUUUUUACAAUCAUAUUUGUCCUAGAGUCUGUCUUCAAGCUUGUUGCCUUUGGAUUUCGCCGCUUCUUCAAGGACAGGUGGAACCAGUUGGAUCUUGCCAUUGUUCUGUUGUCUAUUAUGGGCAUAACACUGGAAGAAAUCGAGGUCAACGCUUCCCUUCCCAUCAACCCCACCAUCAUUCGCAUCAUGAGGGUGCUGCGGAUCGCUCGUGUGCUCAAGCUGCUCAAGAUGGCCGUGGGGAUGCGAGCUCUGCUAGACACUGUGAUCCAGGCCCUGCCUCAGGUGGGGAAUCUGGGUCUCCUCUUCAUGUUGCUCUUCUUCAUCUUCGCUGCUCUGGGAGUAGAGCUGUUUGGUGACCUGAUAUGUGAUGAGCUGCACCCCUGUGAAGGUCUUGGCCGUUAUGCCACGUUCAAGAAUUUUGGCAUGGCUUUCCUCCUGCUGUUCCGUGUAUCCACCGGGGACAACUGGAAUGGCAUUAUGAAGGACACACUCAGAGACUGCUCCCAAGACACGGGCAUCUGCUACAACACGGUGGUGUCCCCCAUUUACUUUGUGUCUUUUGUACUGACGGCCCAGUUUGUGCUGGUCAAUGUGGUGAUUGCUGUGCUCAUGAAGCACCUGGAGGAAAGCAACAAAGAGGCUAAGGAGGAGGCUGAGCUAGAAGCUGAGAUGGAGCUGGAGUUGGAGGCUGUGGGUGGAGAUGGAGGAAUAUCCCGAGGACACAUGCCACCUCUGGGACAUGGUGACGUAGGUGGACCAGGAGGGUCGCCUUGGAUCUCAAGAGAUUCUCGAGACAUGUCAGGACCUCUUUACCCCACAGACAGCCCACCUGCAGACAUACGCAGGGACUCUGAAGAUCACAUAAAGACGGAUCCUGAUCCUCCUCAUCCGCCACUAGAGCGGAGGCCCAUGUUUGACUCAGUUUCCCUGGUGAUCCAGGGCUCAUUGGAAGGAGAGCUCAGCCUCAUGGACAACCUGUCUGGCUCCAUCUGCCACUACUACGCUCUGCCCCCCCUUCCCAGCAAGCACUUCACUGAGAAACAGAUUCCUCUAGCCGAGAUGGAGGCUCUGUCUCUGGCGUCGGAGAAAUCCUGGUCCUUAGCUCUGACGGAUGACUCUGUCCCAGAUGAUUUUAACCCCCUCUUACUAACCAGUCAGGAGUGCAAUACCACAGCUCCAGCAGAUCCCCCAGACCCCCUGCAGCCAGACGAGCCAGCAGAUGAGCACUUACUGUAUGUGAAGAAGACCUCAGUGGGCCGUACGCAUUCUCUGCCCAAUGACAGCUACAUGUUCCUGCCUCUGCAGCCCAACUCAACCCAGAGUACCCACACAACCUCACCUCAACUUGCUCAGACAGGGUCUACAGGCUCUAUCCAGUCUCAAACAGAAGAACCCACACUGCACUUGACUGUGCCCACUGAUCUGUUCAGACCGAUCAGUCCGCAUAGCUUAUCAGAUUCAGAGAGCAUCCCACGAAUCCCCCCACCUCGCCGGGCACACACUCUCUCACGAACCCUACGCAGACAGCUCAGCAUGAUACAACCCAAGCCUGACCCCGAGCUGCUUCUGAGGCACAGAUACUCCUGUUUCUGAGAGAGCUGGAAUGGGCUGCUUGGUUCAGCUGGCCUCCAGCGCCACAGAUCCUUGAACUCCGUCCCCAAUUCUGUCCCUCUUUCUCCUACCCCACCCCUUAAAUCCUGUUCCUCCAGCCCAAUGCAUUUCACCAUGGCUACUGUAAAGACCAAAAGUGCAGGGUAAAGAUCUCGAGGAAUGAAAUUAGUGGACUGACAUCUCAUACACUUAACUGAGUUGCAUUUAUAAAAAAGAUAUUCUUAAGAUCUGCAAUAAUUAUAUUGAAUUCUUUCUAAAUGAAAUGUAAACGCAGAUGGUAGUUAUUUAUAUAUGAUAAUGUUACAAAAAUAUGUAUUCAAACAGUAUUACUUUAGCUGUUUGUUUUUAACAUUAACUUACAAAAUAGCAUGUCUGUAAAAAUAUUAUUAACAACAACGAUACGUUCAUUAAAUAAUACAUAUUUUGGUUUCCCUUACAUGCCAUUUAGUCAAUCGUUUGUCAUGCAAAUGUAAAAUCAACUUCCUGCCACCAGGGGGCAGCAUAGCUUCAAUCAUACAAGUUUUAACAUAGAACAGGGAGGCUUAUGGCUAAGCCUCUUAUACAAUGUCAGCUAACUUUCCAAAUAUGAAAUGGUUCCUCGUGAUCUUUAGCCCCUCCCAAAACACCCACCCACCUCUCUCCUGCUGGGCCGGUGCCUCUCUCGGACUCCCUUGAUUCAAAGAAAGCGACAGUUUUAGGUAGAAUUCUGAGAGAAGUAGACCCCAGGAAGAGACGUGGGUCUUGUGGUCCAUUGCAGUAGCCCAGUGGCUCAGAGUGCAGUCUGCCAAACAGUGCCUGUAGUUUUGCCCUAGGGUAAAUGUUUCUCUGCCCUAGUUAAAACCGUACAUCUAUUACAAACUUUUUUCUGAAAGUGCAAUUGAUAUUGUAAGUUUUCACCUACGUGACUUUACCAACAGCAGUAGCAUGUGCAGUACUGCUACUCAGGCAUUGUGUCAAUGUCAAAGAGGAGACAAAGAUAUAGAGCAAAAGGAAGACAAAUAUUUAUUUGCUAAUUUCUCCAGUAGCCUGUAAGCUUUCCGAUUUUGAUGAGUGCACACAGUAUACAUUUCCUAUCAGUGAAGGCAAUGAGAAGGACCAGGGGCGGUUCUAGGGUCAGGAGAUAUUCGUGCUUUGCCCAGACCUCUGAGGAUACAUAUGAAUCAUAAUUUGUUAGAAAAUUAUAAACUUUAAAGUAAGGUAUCAUUUACAUGAAAUAAAUAUUUAUAUAUUGCAAAAAAAAAAAAAAAAAAAAAAAAAAAAAAAAAACGGUCUUAUCUCUAUGCAUGCCAAAAGCAUGCUCCCUUCAAGCUUUCUGUAGUUGUGUACAGGUUGCCAGUAGUAUCAUGACUUUCACUUGUUAUUGUUCAAAAGUUAGUGUACUGUUUAUAUGAAAAAAAUAUUUGGUCUUUUAUUCAUUCAAAUUCGUGGUCUUUUAUAAAAGAGUUUUCCAAGAGCAGCAAGCAGUCAGGCUUGAGUACAAAGGUUAAGGUGACCAUAUAUUCUCUUUUCCCCGGACAUGUCCUCUUUUUGGACCUAAAAAAAAUGUGUCCGGCCGGGAUUUCUAAAUUGCCUAAAAUGUCCUUGAUUCGGCUUUUGCUUUCUAUAAUUGCCAUUCAUUGUGUGCAUUUUUGUAUUAAAGCCCUGUGCUGGACUGUUUUCUUAAUCCCGCUUCCAAUUUCUGACCAUUACUGCCUGUUACCUCAAACAUUCUAAUGUUGAAUAUAAUUUUCACCCAUCAGAGAGUGCCUAUCAAUUUGCGGAUGCAGCUCAUGUUGGGUUGCCAAAUCUGCGGUAGGUUGAUUUUCUCCCGUGGGUUACAGGUUUGAAAUAUUACAAAAAUUACAUUUGACUGAAAUGCUACUUGGGGGAUACUUCAACCCCCAGCAACCCACCCCCACCCCCCCAUUGUCCGUUUAUUUGAAAACUAAAAUAUGGUCACACUAACAAAAGUAUAUUCCCUUCUGUUUGUAAAAUACUUGAUGCUUAUUGCAUCUGGAUGAAGUGCAAGUCAAGUCAAGUCACCAUUAUUUAUACAGUGCUUUUUACAAUGCAGAUUGUUUCAUUACAGCUUUACAGUAUUAAACAGGGAAAUAGUAUGUCGAAAUAGUGUACCGUUCUCCUCUGGCCAGACAAAACCAGCAGUUUAAUUCUAGGCUGCAACAAAGAGUCUCACCAAAAAGUCAAUAGAUCCUCUAGUUUCUUCAUUAUGUCUGAUUUAUAGAGCAGAUAACUAGAAAGCUGACAUUAAAACACAAAGCAAUAAAAAACAAAAAAAACAAAAACAAAAUGGGGGUAUAAGCCCUGGAAGCCCAUCCCUAGGACCGCCCAUGAGACUGAAAAGCUUAAGAAUGUUUUCAACUAGUGGUUAACUGGUUGUUGAAUUAAGAAUGUUACUUUAGAAUGUGUAACUGCUAUUAAGCAACUUUUAUUGAACUUUGUAGCACAAUUUAAGCACUGUUUUUGUCAGCUAAAGGUUUAUCGUGUGGCCGGGAUGUUUUGGUAUGUUUUGUGGCGAGUUACUUCAUUUGAUACUUUCAAGUUUGAUACAAACUUUCAAAAAAGAAGAACACCAACAUCAGAUUCUAAAUGUUGGCUACCUCUGAUUGGGGCUACGAAUACAUUCAAAACAGAUGCCCUGAGGCAGUCUCUCUAUUUUUCUAAUUUCACCUCUGAUCCUUUGAAGCAGAGAGCUUGUGGAGUGCAAUGCUAAUGGUGAACUCCACUCUAACUCCACGGCUCCCGUCCCCUUCCACUAGCUUCUACAUCCCUAACAUCUCAUACUAACCAAUCUCCCUCUCACCUGUUCAUGUUCUAAUCCCUAAUGUUACCCCUUACCUUCCCCUCACUUCCUCCCGUCCCUGCUCUCUUCAGGUGGCAGUGAGUGCUGACUCUCAGGAGACUCUAUACACAGAGGGAGGGGAAAACGAGGG